GCCAGUGAAGCACAGCAGCUGAAGCUCAGUCUUGAGAAGCAACUUUGAACUGUGAUCAUGGGCAGAAUCAUCUUCUACGAGGACAGGAACUUCAUGGGUCGCUCCUAUGAGUGCAUGAGCGACUGCUCCGACAUGUCCUCCUACCUGAGCAGGUGUCACUCCUGCAGGGUGGAGAGCGGCUGCUUCAUGGUCUACGACCGUCCCAACUACAUGGGGAACCAGUACUUCAUGAGGAGGGGCGAGUAUGCUGACUACAUGAGCAUGUUUGGAUGGAGCGGAGGCAUCAGGUCCUGCCGCAUGAUCCCCAUGUACAGGGGAUCCUACCGGAUGAGGAUCUAUGAGAGGGAGAACUUUGGGGGUCAGAUGUACGAGAUGAUGGACGACUGCGACUCCAUCAUGGACCGUUACCGCAUGAACAACUGCAUGUCCUGCAACGUGAUGGACGGCCACUGGCUGAUGUACGAGCAGCCCCACUACAGAGGCAGGAUGAUGUACAUGAGGCCCGGAGAGUACAGGAGCUUCAUGAACAUGGGCUUCAGCGGCAUGAGGUUCAUGAGCAUGAGGCGCAUCAUGGACUCCUGGUAUUAGUUGGAACUGAACCAGCUGUUUUGAGAAUGGGUGUAAAGGGCCUUCAUGAUGCUCUUUGCUGUGUAUCAGAACAGAAUCAUUCAAAAUAAAGUCAAUAAUGUCACAAUUA